AUGCCAUAUUCAACUACAUCUUUAUGCAAAAAGCCAGUAAAUUCGCAUACUACGACCUCAACGAUAGUCGUAAGCUUGACUCGAACAAAUACAUUCACGCCAAUUGAUUCCACUACAUUAUCAACCAAGAAACCAAUGCAUUCGCAUACUACGGCAUCAACGAUCGUCGCGAGCACAAACGUACCUUCGUCUGAUGUCGAUAAAACCAACAAGAUACUUGUAAUUCAAAUAAUCGGCGGGCUCGGAGGACUGUCUGGUUUAUUAUUUUACUUGAUUAAAUGGACCGCUUUUGUCGAUGGUAUUGCAUAA